CCCAAAACGGGAUAACUCCAAUCUUCCUUGCAACCUCCAUCUCCAGAUCCUCGACUCUCGGCAUGCACUCAUCCGGGACGCCCCCACAUAAACGCGCACGACGCGAUCCUGGCUCGGGUGUCAAUGGGAGUGCGUCUUCAUCGCUGCCACCGCUGUCUCUGUCCAUCCUCGGAGUUGAGCCAUUAGAUGAAUUCAUCAAGGAAAUAGCAGAUUUUAUCCACCAUAUGAUCAUGACGAAACCAAACAUAGCAGGCAAUGUCGAGGUGGAGGCCAAGGUGGGGGUGCUGAGGGACAACGACCGUGGUGCGCGGCUCAUGCUGCCUGUGCUCGUCGAGACAAUUCUCACGCCUGAUGCUGUGGAUUGUCGAUUUGAAUCCAAUAUGACUGCGCACCAGCACAAGCACUACAAUACCCUCCUCAAUAACCUGAAGACUUCAACUGCGACGGGCGCCUCAAUAGACUACCAUCAUCUAUAUUACGUUGACACGUUCUACACGGGGGAUAACAAAGAAAAAAUCCGUGUCACUCGCGACGAGAAGACAAGGAAUGUCGUAGAGUGUAUACGGAAAAUUAAGCUUGGAACACUCAAUAUCUAUAGUCCCAAGCGUGCGGCGGAUUGGCGGGUAACGGUGAAUUUAGAGGUGCCGGAACCACAUCCGCUGGGAUCAUCAACGAUGACGAGGCGGAAGGACCGGAUGAACUACACUCAUGAGGAGUUCGCCAUUGACCUGACGCAGGUCACCAAGUCGAGCGUAUCUGGUCCGCCAGAGAUCCUGCACGAACUCGAGCUCGAGAUUGCCCGCUCAGAGUUUUUGCUGUCAGCGGCUGCCCAUCGCGGAGACCCAAACGUUUCGGAAUCAGAAAGGUUCGCAUUUGACGAGCUGAUACGGGCGUUUGUGAAUAAUGCAAGGAUAUUGGUCCGGAAUUCUAUGGCCACCGACGGGUGGCAUUAACGACAGAAGUACCAGUCUACAAUAUAUAGUAGUGCACAGAAUUCAUUCGUGGUAUUCAGUAAGACCAAGGAGCCCAAUAAAUUAGAAAAAGCGAGUA